AUGCAUCUGCACAGGUUCCUGUGGAGAGACAGCCCAGAAGAGGAAAUCAGUGAGUAUGCCGUCACCAGAGUCAAUAUGGGCGACAAACCUGCUGGCUGCAUUGCUCAAUUGGCCAUGAGGGAAACUGCAAGUCUGCCCAACUUCACUCACCUGCAGGAUGAACGCAGAGUCAUUGAAGAAGACAGCUAUGUGGAUGACCUGUUGACCUCCCACAAUGACCUGAACAGACUUGACCAAAUCACAGCUGGAGUUGAAGAGGUCCUAAAGGCUGGAGGCUUCUUCCUCAAACCAUGGGUCAGGUCAGGGCAAAGUGGGAGGAAAGAAACUGAAGCGGAUGUCCUAAAGCCAGAGCAAGGAAACACCUUGAUUCUUCCAAACCAAAUAAGAGAAGGAGAGAACAAAGCCCUGGGCAUCGGCUACCAGGUGGACAAAGACAAACUGUACAUGCUGACGGCGGUUAACUUUUCCAAUAGGAAGAAAAAGAUGAGAGUUGGCAAAGAUCUUCUUGAAGAGGAGGUGAGAGCUGAAACGCCUAACCCACUGACGAGGAGAGCUCUCCUAAGCCAAGUUGCUGCACUGUACGACCCAAUCGGCCUAGUUGCACCGGUCAAGCAGAAGGGAGCAAUUCUCGUCCGUAAAGCAUUCCAAGAAGGAGGGGGGGGCAAGCUGACCCAAGAAACCUGGGAUCAACCUCUUUCAGAAAGACUCAGGGAAGAAGCCAUACAGCUCUUCGAGGAAUAUGCCCAGCUUGGACAGGUGAAAUUCCACAGGAGCCUCACACCGCCCGACUGGAAAGGGAAACCCUACGGCAUCACAUUUUCUGACGGAAGUGACAAAACCUAUGGUGCUGUGAUGUACGUCAGAUGGGAGACAAGUCACGGAACUGAAGUUCGAUUCGUGGAAGCAAAGGCCAAACUGACACCCCUGGACCAAAAGGGAGAUGCUGUAAAAGCAGAAAUCUGUGGCGCAGUCUUUGCUGCCAGAAUUCGGAAGUACGUGGAGAAACAUGCCCGUAUGAAGAUUGAGAAAUGGUUCCACCUACUGGACAGUCAAACAGUCCUCGGGGCCAUCCAACGAGAAUCAUACGGAUACCAAACCUUCUUCGCCAACAGAGUGGGCGAAAUCCAGAUGUCCGGGCCAGUGCAAGACUGGUGGUGGACCAGAGGAGAUCUGAACAUUGCUGACUUAAUAACAAGAGGAGGCAAUCCCAAAGACUUAAAUGAGGAAUCCACAUGGCAAAACGGACCAGAGUUCCUGAAGUGGCCAGUGGAGGAGUGGCCUAUUCAGUCAGCUGGAGAAGUUGCAGCCCAGGCCAGGGAGAGUGUAAACAAGCUUCAAAGAAAGGCAUUCUCUGCUGCACUGACCAGAGCUCAAGCUAAGAUGAGUCGGCAAAAAGAAGACCCACUGGCCACUCCGGAAAAGGAAAGUCCCUGUGAAGAAUCGAAACCUAUUAUGCCAAGAAGAAAACCCACUAGCUGGGUGAAACAUCUUGUGGUUGUAAAAAGGUUCAGUAGCCUGACAAAACUGAUCAGAGUUGUUGCCUGGACACGACGAGCUGCCGAGCAGUGGCUGAAGAGGAGGUCGAACCCAGGACAACCAAAGUGGGAGGCAACACCCAAGCAGGCUGGAUUGGCUGGCACUGAACUAGAAGGUGCACGUGAAGACGUCUUCCUCGCAGCUCAAGAAGGGAGGAUCCAGAUAUUUAACGAAGAUGAGACAGCCGUGCCAGUCUUGCCAUUUGAAGCAUGGGUGUCAACAUUGCUGUCACAAGAAUCCCAUGACGCUAACCACGAGGGGGUAGCAGGAACCCUUCUACGGAUGAGGAAGACAGCGUGGAUAAUAAAGGGCCGGAGAAUUGCCAAGAAAGUAGUUGACAGCUGCAUAGUUUGCAGAAAGAACAGAGCAAAGAAGUGUCAACAAAUCAUGGCAGACUUACCUCCAGAGCGAACCACCCCAGCUGCUCCUUUUGAAUUCACAACCAUGGACCUAUUCGGCCCUUAUGAAGUGAAGGAUGAAGUCAAGAAAAGAACCAGACUGAAAGUGUGGGGAAUCGUCUUCAGUUGCAUGGCCUCCCGUGCCAUACACACUGAACUAGUGAGUGACCAGUCAUCCCAAGGCUUCCUCCUCGCCUAUCAGAGGUUCACGUCACUCAGAGGACAUCCCAGGAAGCUCUGGUCAGACCCCGGCACAAAUUUUGUGGGCGCCAAACCUGCUCUGGAACAGCUGUACACAUUCCUUGACCGACUGGACAAGUCUCAAGUCGAAGACAUGGCUGCCAACCAUGGAACAGAAUGGUCCUGGAAGAUCCACCCUGCGGAUUCUCCCCACAGAAAUGGUGCUGCAGAAGCGGCUGUCAGAGUGGUCAAACGGGCCCUGACCAAUGUCGGCGGAGAUGGUGUCUUCACCUGGGGUGAAUUUCAAACCUUCCUCUACAUGGCUGCCAACCUUGCAAAUGAGCGACCAAUCGAUGCAAGAACUCAAAGCAGGGAAGACUGUGUGGAAUACAUCACCCCGAACUCUCUGCUCCUAGGGCGUGCCAACCCUAAGGGAGAUCCUGGAGACUUCCAGUUUGAUCGCUAUCCUUAUAAAAGACUGCAAGUAAUUCAAGCUGAAGUCACCAAAUUCUGGAAGAAAUGGAGCCAACUAGCUGGACCCAACCUCUUCAUAAGAAACAAAUGGCACACCAAAGAGCGAAAUGUUUCUGUCGGAGAUGUGGUCUGGUUGGCUGACCAAAAUGCCCUGAGAGGACAGUACAAGCUGGCCAGAGUAGUCAGAGCCAAUACGGACAGCAAAGGCAUCGUAAGAGACGUGCUUGUGAGGACCUUUCCCAGCUAUCCUGUCCCCAUCAAGAAGACAAGCGACAAAGAAAAACCGACCACGAAAACCAAGAGGCUCAGACAUCAAAUCCCAGCAACAAUCCUGCAUAGGGAUGUCAGACGCCUCAUCAUUCUAAUUCCCAUUGAAGAACAAAGGAAAGAAGGACCUGUGUGACCCCAUUGGGUUUUGAAAACCAUGAGGGCCAAGUGGGAGGUGUGGAGUUGAAACUCAGUGUGAAUGAAGUGUCCCUGCCCUGGAAGUAAGGAGCUGUCUCCUCCUUAAUCUUACUCCUUGGUGAAGUACCAGAAAGAACUACAUUUCCCAGAACACCAAGGUCAAGAUGGCCACCAAUUGGCUGAUUCAAGGCAGCUGUUAAGGAAUGGUGGUGCUGUCUCAUUUCAUGCAAGCAAGCAGAGCGGCAAGACGCAAAA